AUGGACAGCUCAGCCUCUGUUCAUUUAAGAAAUACUUUAAGCACUGUUCACAGCCCACAGCUUAUACAGAAUAAUGAAAAAUCAUCCUUGCCAGUGGAUUUAAAUACAGCCCUUUCGUUAUUGGCAAGGCCAGCAGCAGCUCUUCCAGCAUCAUUCCCACACUUCAGUCCAUUUUCCUUUCCAGAUCCAUCCACCCUAUUUGCUUUUUCACAACUCCGUUCUAAUUUGCCAAAUUAUCAAACGGCGACGAUAAUAUCGCCUCUACUGUCUGCAACCGUUACAACUGCAAGUGCCAUAUCUACUCCCAACCUCGGUCCAUCUCCCAUUAAACGGCCUAAUCGUGAACAGCAAUCAGCAUCUAGUCCACCAUCCUGUUCCUCUUCAUCAGUAACCUCAUCAUGCAGUCCUCAACAAUCACCACAUCGAAAACAAGCAGCACCGGUACCUGAUGAUAAAAAGGAUGAAGCUUACUAUGAGCGGCGGAGAAAAAACAACGAUGCAGCGAAGAGGUCAAGAGAUGCACGACGGCAAAAAGAAGAAGCGGUUGCAGCACGAGCAGCCUUCCUCGAACAGGAGAACAUCCAACUUCGCAGUCAAGUUGUUUUAUUGAAAAACGAAACGGCAAAGCUGCAACUGAUGCUUUUCUCAAAGCCAGAAUUGCUAGACCCAAAAAUGUUAUCAGCAGGACAGCCCAACAUUUCCGAGCAGCAGCAACAGAAAUUGGAAUCAGUCACUCGAAAAUCAGAAAUAUAA